AUGGAGCCCCCUGAUGCUUCGCAUGACUUUCAAAGGCGGAGGUACGCUUCGCUGUCGGAGGACGAGCUCACACAAGUGACCACGUGGUUAGCCGGGCCUGCCCACGAAGCUGUGCCUGGAGGGGAGUCAGCAAACGAUCUACAGACACGUGCGAGGGAUUGGCUGGCGUCUCUGCCGGAAACGGGGCGAGUGAUAGCCUUCGCCCAUGGAGGGAUCAUUGCCACUAUACUGUAUGUGAUCACUGGGAGACCGAGCGCCUACGACGGGACGUGUGAGAACACUGAGGGUGCCGCGCGGUGGAGGUUUCGUCUGGGCAACACCAGCAUAUCGAAGCUCGUGAUCACGAAGCAACAGACUGUGAUGUUGGUGGUUAAUGACAACGCACAUCUGGAGUCUCUGGUGUUGUAA